AUGGAGAACUCUCUUCAAGAUAUACAUGGCCUAAGGGUUGCUGUGGAAGGCUGUGGCCAUGGCACAUUGAAUGCCAUCUACGUCGCAACAGAGAAGGCCUGCGAGGAGAGGGGCUGGCCAAAUGUUGACUUGUUGAUCAUUGGGGGAGAUUUCCAGGCUGUUCGAAAUGUCCUCGACCUGACUGUCAUGUCAGUCCCCGCCAGGUUUCGGGAACUGGGCGACUUCCACGAAUACUACAGCGGCAUUCGUAAAGCCCCUUAUCUGACCACCUUCGUUGGAGGCAAUCAUGAAGCAAGUAGUCAUUUGUGGGAACUUUACUAUGGUGGCUGGGUGGCACCGAACAUCUAUUAUAUGGGAGCUGCCAACGUGAUGCGACUCGGUCCAGUGCGCAUAUCAGGUAUGUCUGGAAUAUGGAAGGGGUACAACUACAACAAAAGUCACCACGAGCGGCUGCCAUAUAACCAAGAUGAUAUAAAGUCUAUAUAUCAUAUCCGAGAGCUGGAUGUUCGGAAACUAUUGCAAGUACGGACACAAGUUGAUAUCGGUAUCAGCCACGAUUGGCCGAGAGCAAUCGAGAAUCAUGGCAAUGCUAAAGCUCUAUGGAGAAUGAAACCAGAUUUCGAGAAGGAAUCUAGAGAUGGGACACUUGGUAGCCAGGCUGCUACAUAUGUUCUUGACCGACUACGACCCCCAUAUUGGUUCGCGGCGCAUAUGCAUUGCAAAUUUGCUGCGACCAAGAUAUACAAGGACGAGACUGCGGAUUCUGCGUCGCAGACAAUCGCAACACCAACAGCUCCAUCUGCAGCUACGGCUACUGAUAAUAGCGUCCCAGCCGCAACAAAGAAUGAAGAAGAGAUAGACCUCGACAUGGACGAUGACGACGAGCCUCCUGCACCCACACCAAAGCCAGAAGAGGCCCCAACUACCACAAAGCCCACCAACUCCAUCUCCGACGACCUCCGUGCCCUCCUCCCCGCGUCAUUUUCCCGCCCUGCUCGUACUUCUCGCUUGCCGCCUGGCCAACCUGUUCCCGAAACCAUCUUCAACAGCACCGUCCGCUUCCUCGCUCUCGACAAAUGCCUCCCCGGCCGUAAAUUUCUCCAACUACUCGAAGUCUCGCCCUCCUCGCCUCCAGCGCCGAAUUAUCCUCCUCUGUCCGCCGAGAGCGGUGCUGAUGGAUCUACCGGGGCGCCUGGCUGGCCUCGGUACCAUUUAUCGUACGACCCAGAGUGGCUCGCCAUCACGCGCGCCUUCUCCCCGUCGUUGGUCCUCGGUGACCGUGAUGCUCGGCCGCCCUCUGAUUUAGGCGAAGAGAAAUACAGGGAGCUUAUCAAGGCAGAAGAGGUGUGGGUCGAGGAGAACAUCGUUAAGAAGGGGAAGCUACAGGUGCCCGAGAAUUUCGUCAUCACGGCGCCAGUACAAGAUGGUGUCCCUCCCACGCUCAAUAUCCGUGAGCAGCCGAAGGAAUAUAAUAAUCCCCAGAUGGUGGCGUAUUGUGAGUUGAUGGGGAUUGAGAAUAAAUUCUUCGCUACGGAUGAGGAGAAGGAGCAGAGGGCGGCAAAGGGUCCGGCGCCGGCAGAGCCGAGGAGGGAUGGAUUUGGUGGAGGGGGUGGGCGUGGAGGUGGGCGAGGGAGAGGUGGAGGUGGAGGAUUUGGUGGGAAUAGAGACAGAGGAGGUGGUGGCAGGGGAAGAGGGAGAGGCUACUGA